UGUAUUGGUCUCUUCUCCCGUCGUUUAGAAUUUUCCAUCCUCCCAUUUAGUGGGGCUCCAUUCCUCUUUCCCUCUCUCGCGCGCGCGGUCGGUGCAUUCCGGAAGAUUCCUAAUUUUCCGAUAGCAUUUCCGAUCGCGCUUGUUUCACUUUUCCAAGAAAACCUCUCUCACGCUCCCCGAGGCAAAAAAAUCUUCGACUGCCCUUAACCUCGUAGGAUUUUCAAUUUCUUUUGCCGCGAUUUAGCUGUCAUUCAUCGGAUCUCUAAUUUCAUUGAAACCGCCGACUCUGAUAUCGAGUAUUCCAUGUUCGAAGGUGGAGGAACUUGAGUUGUUUUAUCGUUGAAGAUGGCGAGCCAUGGCGGUGCUUCAAGAAGAAGUCUAUCAUUAAUGAACAAGAGUAAAAACUCGGAGAAUGAAGGCCUUGAUCAUACGCGAAAAUCUGUUUCAUCUUCGCGCUCUAUGGGGCCAACUGGAGAGCGCACUGUAAAAAGGCUGCGGCUCUCGAAGGCUCUAACGCUUCCUGAAAAUACAACUAUUCUUGAGGCUUGCCGUCGGAUGGCUGCUCGUAGGGUUGAUGCUUUAUUGCUAACUGACUCCAAUGCAUUACUUUGUGGAAUCCUUACAGACAAGGAUAUAGCGACUAGGGUUAUUGCCCGUGAGGUUAACCUUGAGGAGACGCAGGUUUCCAAAGUUAUGACGAGGAACCCGGUUUUUGUUCUUUCUGACACUCUUGCUGUAGAAGCCCUUCAGAAGAUGGUGCAAGGAAGAUUCAGACAUUUGCCAGUAGUGGAGAAUGGGGAGGUCGUUGCUUUACUUGAUAUAGCAAAGUGUUUAUAUGAUGCCAUUGCACGUAUGGAAAGGGCAGCUGAAAAGGGUAAGGCUAUUGCCGCAGCUGUUGAAGGCGUCGAAAAGCAUUGGGGGACAUCAGUUUCAGGUCCCAAUACCUUCAUUGAAACACUUCGGGAGCGGAUGUUUAGGCCUUCUCUGUCUACAAUCAUUCCGGAGAAUUCAAAGGUUGUAACAGUUUCCCCGACAGAAACAGUUUUAGCAACAACAAAGAAGAUGCUUGAACUUCGAUUAAGCUCUGCAGUUGUGACAAUUGAUAACAAACCGCGGGGAAUACUUACUUCAAAGGAUAUCUUGAUGCGGGUAAUAGCACAAAAUCUUCCUCCAGAGUCCACUUCAGUGGAGAAGGUCAUGACACCGAAUCCAGAAUGUGCUACGGUAGAUACACCAAUUGUUGAUGCACUGCAUAGUAUGCAUGAUGGGAAGUUUUUGCAUCUUCCUGUAGUAGAUAGAGAUGGAGCUGUGGUUGCCGUUGUGGAUGUGAUACAUAUCACUCAUGCUGCUGUAGCUACAGCUGGAAGUACUACUGGCAUAAGUAAUGAAGCCACACACACUAUGAUGCAAAAGUUCUGGGAUUCUGCCAUGGCCUUAAGCAACCAUGAUGAUGAAGAUACACAAAGUGAAGGUUCCUUUAAAUUGGCUUCAGAAGGAACGGAGGCUGGGAAAUCACUUCCUUUUCCCUCACCAAACCUGCCAAAUUCAUUUGCUUAUAAAAUCCAAGACAAGAAGGGAAGAAUGCAUAGGUUUACUUGCGGUGCCCACAGUUUGGCAGAUCUCAUAGCUGCAAUCCUUCAGAGGGUGGGAGAUGACAUUGAUCCUCACAGGCUACCUCAAAUUCUGUAUGAAGAUGAAGACCAUGAUAAAGUUGUACUAGCAUCAGAUAACGAUCUGGUUGCUGCUGUGGACCAUGCAAAGUCAGCUGGUUGGAAGGGAUUGAAAUUGCAUUUAGAUUAUUCAGGAGUACGUGGUCGAAGGAGAGCCACCGGUUCAGGCGAUUUGGAUUAUGCCAAUGCAGAUGCAUGGGCCUCUGCAUAUAGUGCUGUUGCAGCAGGAGCUGCCCUUGUUGCUGGAUUAGGUGUAUUAGCAUUCUUAAGAAGAUCAACCUAAUAUCAUAGAAUACUUGUGGUAUUUAAGCGAAUUUCAAGAUUAGCAAGGCUGAUUUGCUUCCAAAGACUAGACUCCAAAUCAAAAUUGGUCCGGAGGGCAUGUCUUCUGAUUGGUAUCUGUUAUUGUAUCAACUAUAUACGAAGUACAAUCAAUUUUUGGGCAGUGGCUAUUGAUACGAUUGUAUGCGCGACUGAUUUUGUACCUGUGUAUUCUUGUCCACCACCAAGGUUUUUCAGCUUGGUGAACUCUGGAGAGAUUGUGUGAAAAAUAAAUGAUGAUCCCAUGAAAUCUGUAAUUUGUUUC